UAACCACCUGGCGUUCCCGCCCCCUACAACUGGAGUUUCGUAAGGAGUUGUGUAAGGAUGGUAAUUACCUCUCAGCCACGCUACAGGGAACAACAUCCUAGACCAGGAGCGGAAUAGACAACACAGCCCAGAGUUGAGACGAUAUGUAUCCCAACGGCAGGAAAACAGCGGCUGAAAGUCAGAUUGUAUCAGCGGAGAUCGUUUCUGGACUUUUGCUGACCAUUUUAUACAGGAUCAUUUCCAAGAACAUUUUUCCACAGGGGGAAAAAAUUCGGAUGGAUGGAGAACCCUUUGAAAUGACGCGGUCACUGGUGUGUGUGUGGCUGGCCAGCAACGUGAAAUUUCUACUCUUCAAAAGUAACAAGGCAGUGUCACUGACCGAGCAUUCCACAUCCAGGCUCAUGGCGUCCCUUGCACUGCUCGUUGGCACCUGCUGGGAAAAUGGAACCAGUGGAAUGUCCUCAAACCAUAUCCCUGGGCUGGACCUGCUGGUGUUCUCCUGCUUCAUCCUCAGCAGCUUCAUCCUGAUGGCCCUGGACCACAGGCAGAGGAAGAGGACCAUAGACAUGCGUGUGAUCUUCAGCGACGCGCAGAAGAUGAGGACCAUAGACGUGCGUGUGAUCUUCAGCGACGCGCAGAGGUUCUUCCUCCACAUGGACUUCUUCGCGACCUUCAUGUUUGGCCUGCUGUGGUUGGUCUUCCCUGAUUGGCUACUUGGGAGCCAGUACGUGAGCGGCUGUCAUGACGACCUGCCCCUGCCCUUGCACCUGACACGAGCCUUUGGAGCCAUGAUGGUGGGGGACAGCUUCGUCUCACUCACCUCACCCAACCCCCACGUGAGCAAAGACAGAGCAUCACUCUUCAGCAGCAGAGCUGUGGGUACCCUGGUACUGCUGAUGUAUCUGCUCCACUCCCACUUCAUCACGGCCUCCUGGACCUCUGGGCGGGUCUGGAUGGGUCUGCUGGGGGCUGGGAUCUGGGCUGGUAACUCUGUCCUGGGAUACCUCGCCUCCAGAGGGCGCUCUCCCUCACAGAGAGUUCAGUAACAGCUGUGGGUAUAGAGAUCAUAUAUAAAUAAUGCGCGCGCGUGUGUGUGUGUGUGUGUGUGUGUGUGUGUGUGACCGUGAUAUGGUCAUUUGGGCAUUUUGACUUCUACGACAGUCAUGGCACAGCAGAGAAGAGGAGCAGAGAAGUUGAUUUUGGAGAAUAUCUUACAAUGUGUUGCACAUUAUCUUAGCCAUUGUGAUGCAGUACAAUCCCAGCUAAAAUCUGGACCUUAUUCCUACCAGAAGGCCAGAUCCAAUUGAUUGUUGAGUGUCAGAUUCGGGUCAUGUCAGUGCCGGAUCAGGUUCAUAUCAGUGCCAAAUUAGGGCCAUAACUUUGCCAGAAUAUGGCCAUUUCAGUUCUGGAUCAGGGCCGUAUCUGUGCUGUAUCAGGGCCGUAUCUGUGCCGGAUCAGGGCCGUAUCUGUGCCGGAUCAGGGCCGUAUCUGUGCUGUAUCAGGGCCGUAUCAGGGCCGUAUCUGUUCUGGAUCAGGGCCUAUCUGUGCCUAAACCCCUCUAGAGUCCAGUCCCUCUAGUCUAGUGGGACUAGAUACGUUAGAGCGCUGUUCCUCCGUGCAACACAGGUAGCCCUUGCCUUUAUGUGGAUAUUAAGCUGCUAUUUUUCAGAAUGUGUAUGGUUGGUGGUUGUUUACAACCAUUCAUUUGUAAAUAUGUUCAAAGCUUGAAUUUGUU